GACCAAUCACAGACAGCGGUGAUGUAAACAAGGGAACGGCGAAUGCAACCGAGCACAAAUACGAGAAAUGUAAAGGGAACUUGUUGGAACAAGGUUUCAGUUCCCUUCCACAAACGAGUGGGGUUGUUUCAGGAUACCGACUGACUCUGUAACUGUAACAAAAUCAGUAAGUUACAAGCUUUUAUAAUAUUUCUCCGUCUUCCUCAUUCCGGUCGUUAGUAUUGAAUGGAGGACAGAUACAGGAAGACUCUUCAGCGCAACAGGACCAAUCUCGUGAGAGACUUGGACCCAUCAAAGCUCUACGAUGGCCUUCUUGAAAAAGGAGUUUUCACCCAGGACAUGAUCGAUGAGAUAAAGAGCUCGGGGACCAGGCGUGAGCAGGCCAGCCAGCUAGUCCGGGACUUGGAGACCCGUGGGAGACGAGCCUUUCCAUUAUUCCUGGAGUGCCUUCAGGAGGCAGGUCAGCACAGUCUGGCAGAGCUCCUACAGAAUGAAGCUCCAGCUGCUCAACUACAGCCUGCAACCCCCACUCAGGUUGUUCGCCCUGUUGUCCACCCUCUCCCAGUGUCCUCUCCAAUGGAUGUGGACAAGCAAAACAAAGAUCAUGUCCCAGUUUAUCCAAAACAGAUACACAGUACUACUCCCACUCCAUCACCUGAAAGGGAGAACAUGAGACCAAGGCCACAAGGCAGAACUCGACGAGAUAGCAUCCAGACCUAUAAAAUGGACUCCAGCCCGUGCGGACAUUGCCUCAUCAUAAACAACGUAGAGUUUGCUCCUCAGAGCGAGCUGAGCAAUCGCAAAGGGUCCAACAUAGACUGUGACAAGCUUGAGCACAGGUUCAAGGCGCUCAACUUCAUUGUGGAGGUUAAGACAAACCUGAAACAAAGACAAAUCAAACAUGAGCUGUCAGCUUUAUCUAAGAAGGACCAUUCACAGUAUGACUGCUGCGUGGUCAUCAUGCUGUCCCAUGGGACUGAGGUGAGUCACAACCGCUUCCCUGGUGCCGUGUUCGGUGUGGACGGACAGUAUGUCCCGGUUCAGCACAUCACAAACUACCUCAAUGGCCAGCAUUGUCCAUCGUUACAGGGCAAACCCAAACUUUUCUUCAUCCAGGCUUGUGGAGGAGAUGAAAAAGACCAUGGCUUUGAGGUUUCCCCCGAUGAGGUUGAACCAUCCAUCGGUGGAGCAGAUGAUCAGACGGAUGCCAUUCCCACGUCUUCCAGCAGCGACUCUCUGAGUACGUCCGAUGAACUGGACGCCAGAGCCUCGCUGCCCACCCCGAGCGACAUUCUGGUGUCCUACUCUACUUUUCCCGGUUACGUUUCUUGGAGAGACACCCAGUCUGGCUCCUGGUACGUCGAGAUACUAGACCGUAUUCUUGAGGAAAAUGUGGCUACCGACGACUUGGUCACAAUGUUGAUGAUGGUUAACAACGAAGUCUCCCAAAACUCUGCAAAAGGGCUCUACAAGCAGAUGCCUGGUUCCUUUAACUUCCUCCGCAAACUUCUCUACUUUCAAAGCCAAAGUUCAUCUUAACACCUCACAGUUUCACUUCUAGGAAUGUUAGCCUACUUUAGCGCCAUAAAGCAUGACUUUAAUUCAAAUUAUGUCUCAGCAGAUUGUGCAGAGUGUUAAGUGUAUAAAUCUGCUGAGUUGUGGUUGUACAUUUAUUGAGAGUCAUGUCUUACUCUACAUUUGUUUGUCAUGUCUUGCUGUAUUUUUAAUAGUUGUCAAUUUUUCUAAAUUAACUUUUUAGGUAUAAGCGUCAUCUUGGAAAGAAAAUAUCAACAUAGUGUGAUAAUGUGGUUCAGAUUAGUUUUUUAUAUCAUUGGUGUCUUAUCAACAAAUAGCAGCUGUCAUUGAUUCAAGACAAUCAAUGUAAAAUACCUUUGCUGACUCUUACUUUAAGUCUCUUAAUAUACUGAUUCUAAAACGGGAUAUUUGUGCUUACAUUAUGUAUCACAUUACGCUGUUAGCAUUAAUAUAGAAUCCGUUGGUAUCAUUUAUAAAAUACAUUUACUAGACACCAGUAGAUGGUGUUGGUGAGUCACAGAAGACUCAAGAUCUCACAGAUGCCUUCUAUGAGUGAUUUCCAUCCACUACCACCUGGGGUCCACAUACAAUUAGAAACGCUUCCAUCUCAUUUGGUCACCUCACACGCUGUGUCAAACGUGGGUUUAUUUCUAACAGCAACAGAAUUAAAACACUCUGAAACAAGUCAUGAGACACAAACAUCACCUGAUGUUUCUCAUAUCAUAACACAGAAAAAUUAACUUGACAUCACUGGGAGUCCCUUUGUAAGAUGCAGUCAGUCAGUUUCUCCAUAUAGCUCUAAUUCUUCAGUUAGCCUCUCAGGAAAUCUUAUUGAUUCAGCCAUUGUCUAACAUGGUUAUCAUGUUAUAAGGCCUACAGAACAAAUAAACUGUGAACAUACAAAUGUUAAAUAAAAUAAAGCUUCU